AUGAGCUUAGUUGAUAACAAUUCACUUUUACCAUGUUUAAGUCAUCCGACUAAUGCUUAUCAAAAUUAUCGAUUGAUGUCUACUAGUAUAAAUUCGAAAAAUACAAAUUCAUCCUCAUCAGCAACGUCUUCAAAUAAAUUCAAGCCAAUACCUAGAUUAAUUGCAUUAUGCAUUCAUCCGGAUGAGAAUUAUGCACUUCGCAUGAUUUCUAUGUUAAUUUCGUCCCACUCUUCUAAUUCAUCAAAUAUACACGAUGAAUUUGGUUGCAAUUUACUUAUGUAUUCACUUCGUUUUCAACGUUAUCGAUUAUUCAGAUAUUUAUUAAAUGAAAAAUCUUUAGAUAUUAAUCUUCAUGCAAACGAUCGAUAUGGGAAUACAAUUCUUCAUUAUGCAAUUUUAUAUGGAGGAAAUGACAGUCAAAUUAUUGAUGAAUUAAUUGAAAACUAUAAUAAAUUUGCAAUUGAAAUUGAUCGAAGAAAUAAUUAUGGCUUUACUCCGCUUCUUUUAGCAAUUUUUUGUGGACGUUACGAUUUUGUUUUGAGUUUAUUAACUAAAACUGAUGCAUCACCAUUUGUUCGUGAUUAUAUUCAAUUAAAAAGUAUGUUCGAUUAUAUUGAAAUCGAUGUAAAGCAUAAAGACUUAAUUAAUCAAUGUCAAAAUAAACACUAUUCUAUUUCAAAUUUGCAAUUAAAACGAUUACGCAUUCAACUUCAUCAAUGUAUACCUACUCGACAAGAAACUCCAUUUCUUACAAUGCAAUCUAAUAUUAAUAAGAAUUUUUUUGAAAUUAUUCUACCGCAGGUGGUUCAAGAUAAACUGAAUUUAUUACGUUCAUCAAUUAUGGAAAUGUACGACUACCAAUAUUCAUCUACUAAUUUGAAACAACUUCUAACAUAUUUAAAUCGAAGAUAUCCACGUAUCAAAUUUUUUCAAUUACCAGAGGAUUCCCUAGGUAGUACAAUAACAACAGCAAAGUCAGUCUUUCAACGAGACAAUUCCAAAACAAAUCUUCAUCAUAUUUUAAACUUAUUUGAUCCAAACCCACGGCCUAAUGUAAUGCCACCAAAGCUGUCUCCGCAAAAGCUAUUGUCAACAACUAAGACACCGAUGGCAUUUAAACGUUUGAGUACCAAAAUAACAACACUUACUGCUUUUUCUCGAGUACAAAUCGAUAAGAAACGUUCAUCAUUUUUGACCACACGUGUUAAAUAA